CAAAAUUAGCGAACGAACCAACAAGCGACCAACUAAAUUUCACAGCAAAUGCACUGCGCUCCUCGAUUUGAAGCAAUUUUACUCGUGAAAAUUAUAGAAAUUAGCUAAAUUCUGUGCCGAAACGGUGUUCAAGGUGUUCGCCUAGAAGGAACGUUUUGUAGUAGGUGUUGUUUUGUGCAUUUGAUCAGAAUUUAUCAAGGGUGAAAUCUGCAUUAUGGGCAAAGAUAUCGAUCCGGCAGAUAUCGGCAAGCAUCCGGAGCUGAUUCGUAAGGCUCAAGCUGAAAUGACGCAAAGUGAUGUACUGGUGUGCGGACGCUGUCACAGCGUGUUUCAUUUUAUUGAAUUGUUCAAGGAACACAAGGAACAAGAAUGUCGCAAAGAGUCUACUCUAAAAGACUGCCGCGAAACUAAAGCUAAGGUAUGGGCCUUUCUUCUGUGGAAAGCUGCUCAGCUAAAUGUUGAGGUAGCAGCGAAUGUUAAUUCUUGGAAAUUGUAUCAAACAUGGGUUAAGCUGGAGGAGUCGGUACGCGAGACUUGGAUUGUUGCUGGUAGAACAAUUCAGUCGUUUGCAAGAAUGGGACAAGGUAAUCUCCAGGAAAUGCCUGUUAAAAUUACAAAAACUAUCAUUGAAAGUGGACCUGAAGAAAAGAAAUCUUCAGUUACUCCAUCCAGUACGGCUAGCAAUCGUUUCGUUGCAGCUCGUAAGCCGGAAGUUAGGACGCCGACAUCUCCGAUAACCGCGGCAACUAAUAAGAUUGAAACCGAUGUGAAAAAAUCUCCAAUGUCUGCUCAAAUAAAGAAACCGGAACUGAAUACCAUCAACAAAGGUGUUGGGAAACGUUCCGUUGCCAAGCGCACUACUCCUGGUAGCGGUGAAGUCGUCGAGGAGGAAGUGGAAAAGAUCUUGGCCAAACGAUUCAAUCCUCGCCGAAAAGAACAUGAAUAUCUUGUAAAAUGGUCUAAAUUUGCCCAUGAUCAGAAUACUUGGGAACCGUUGCUCCAUCUGCAAACUUGCCAAAGUGUUCUUGAGUACUUUGAAGUUCAACUAGCGAAACAGAAAGAACAACGUGCGGCGGCUGCUGCGAGAACUCUUCAACAACAACAGGCAGAAAAGGCCAACGCAACAACAACAACAUCGUCGACUUCAUCUCCGGCUCAAACAGCGGUAACUGUGACUAAACCACCAACGGCGGUUACAGUCACACCGCACACAUCGGCGGCACCCGUAGUAGUUCCACUGGCACAAAGUUCACCGCUUGCGAAUCGACCUCUGCGUAAUUCGAAGCUCAAUGCAAUAGAUAAAGUCAAGCAAUGGGUUGGUAGCACAAUGGCUGCUGGUAGUGGGAGCUCUGAUAACGAUGAAGCAGCCGCUAAGAGAAAAGUCAGCGACAGUGAUUUUGACAUCGAGGACGACGGUGGAUUGAAAAAAUUCAAAACAGAAAAUGUAGGGGUUGGACAUAUGGCUAUGAAACCUGGAAUGAAGAUCAUUCCUGUUGGAGCGAAAUCCCCCGUUAAGGUAGUAAAUGGUGUAAGUUCGUCGAAAAAGGAUGAUGCAAAUGCUGCCGAGGUCAUUGUUAAAACCUCAAAAGACGGCACUGCUAGUGGUGUUGUGAAAAAACCAGGUUUCACUGGCGCUAAGAAUGUUGCUGGCGAAGCCAAAGUUCAAAUUGUUAAUCGUGGCGAAGUUUCCAAACAAGGUGUUUUCAAGGUGAAUGCAACUACUCCGUCGCCGCAAUCAUCACCAGCAGCAGUGACCAGGACUACGCCACCACUUACAACUACUACUACAACUACACGAAUCGUACGUAAAAACAUUGGCGGAACACAACAGUUGGUUAAGCAGGUUGUUCGAACCACGGUUCCAAUUCAACAAGCAUCCACCGCCACUCAACAGCAGCGACAGCCUUUGCAAAAGGUUGUCAACAACACCAGUUCUGCCGUAGCUCCUAUUCCGAAAGUCACUACUAAUGUGAUUCAGAGAAGCUCCCUUUCACCAAAACUCUCUCCAACGGCUAACAAAAGUCCUAUCAACCGUAACGUGAAAACUACACCGGUUACAAAAACUAGUACCACUUCAGAGCAAAAAAUCAAUGCUCUCCGUAAGCAAGGCCUAAACAUCGUUAAGCGUGUCGUUUCCCCAGCUACUUCCGUCGAACAGAAACCGGAAAACGAGGAGGAGGAGGAUGAAGAAAUGACAGAUCCAUUUUCAUCUCUACCAGUUUCCAUACCACAAUCACCACCGCGGGCUUUAACACUGUGUCCUGUCACUGGAAAAGUAUUGGGUCAAGCUGAAGGAGAACCAACGCCAGUGCCGAGUCCGGAGAUUGAGGAAGAUAAGUCUAAAACUAGAAAGCUUUCACCACACAUGGGCCAAGAUCAACAAGAGCUUGGACAAGAACAAGACACACAGGUACAGCAGAUUUUAACUAACGAAGACGGUUCGCCUAUUAUCGUUGCUGGAGAAGACGGAACACUUUAUCAGGUUGCCGGCAAGAAUGCGGAAGGUCAAACCAUUCUGAUCGCCCAGGGUGCGGAUGGUGAGCAGCAGUGUGUGCUGGUUGCAGCACAGGAAGGUGAGGGCGAAAGUGACGCCGGUGUUCUCACAUUGGAUGCAGCCGUUUCCGAAGCUGUGACGCAUAUCGGAGUGCCUCCGGAGGGUCAACAGAUUACAGAAGAACAGGCUGCUCAGUAUAAAAUUCAGGAAGGUGUCGAUCCCAACCAACAUCUGACGAUUCAAACUGAAGACUCUCAAGAUGGUCAAAUCACCGCUGAGGUAGUUCAAGCUGACCAACCGUCACCUGGUGGCACUCGGCGUGUGGUUCUACUUUUACCGGACGGAAGCUUCAUGAUGACUGAAGUGAACGAAGAACAAUAUCAAUCUCUGAAUUUGGUUAAUUAAGCAGUACAUAAUCAUGUGCUUGAUUUUAGACAUUCAUUAAUUCUCGUAGAAUAGUACGAGACAACAAUUUGACUUUUUCAAACUGUAUGACUUUAAGUUAAUCGUCAGCUACACAGGUGUGUCUAGUUAAAUUAGUUUUUAGAUAUUCGAUUGACAUUCAAAUUAAGUGUUACGAAAAAGUUGUACAGAUAUUCUGGUAAUAAUUAUUAUGUAAAAGUGACGUAUGCUCUGGAGAAGUAUUAAUUUUCCAAAUUAGACAUUAGUUGUACAUACAUCUGUAAUGUAUGUUUCAAUAAAACAUACACUCUUCAACAAAUAUGAGUUGGAACUGGUAGCAGAUUAUUAUAGAAACCAUGCGUUGGUUCGAUGCGUUACUGUGCUAAGUUAGAAUUUUUAGAAACAUGAUCGUAUGUUUGAACACUCAGUUCUGAAAUUGUCUUGAUUGUUCAGGAAUGCAUAAAACAUUAGAACUUGAUAUCAUUACACCCAAUAAACGAGAGCAGUGACAUAGAGUUUAAACAAGA